AUGGCCGUGCGCUGUCAGUUUGAGAACUCGUCCGAGAUUGGCGUCUUUGCGCGCUUGACCAACGCCUACUGCCUCGUCGCCAUCGGCGGCAGCGCCAACUUCUACUCUACCUUUGAGGCCGAGCUGGCCGACGUCAUCCCCGUCGUCCACUGCUCCAUCGCCGGCACCCGCCUCGUCGGCCGCCUCACCGUCGGAAACCGCCACGGCCUCCUCGUCCCCUCGACCACCACCGACCAGGAACUCCAGCACCUCCGCAACAGCCUACCGGACAGCGUCGCCAUCCAGAGGGUAGAGGAGAGGUUGAGCGCCCUCGGAAACGUCAUCGCCUGCAACGACUACGUGGCCAUCGUCCACCCAGACCUCGACCGCGAGACCGAGGAAAUCAUCUCGGACGUGCUCAAGGUCGAAGUGUUCCGGCAGACGGUGGGCGACAAUGUCCUCGUCGGCUCCUACUCGGCCAUCUCCAACCAGGGCGCCCUCACCCACCCAAAGACGUCGCUCCAGGACCAGGACGAGCUCUCGUCGCUCCUCCAGGUGCCCCUCGUCGCGGGCACCGUCAACCGCGGCUCGGACCUCAUCGGCGCCGGGUUGGUCGUAAACGACUUUGCCGCCUUUUGCGGCAUGGACGCCACCGCCACCGAAAUCUCCGUCAUCGAGAGCGUCUUUAGGCUCAAUGGCGGACAGCAGACGGGUGAGGUCGUCAAUGAGCUCCGCGACGCACUCGUCGACACCUAUGCAUAG